AUGAAAAGGAAAGAAGAGGAUUUGCCGUACACAGGCAGAACAUUCGUGGUCACAGGAACAACAAAAACACCAAGAGAAGAUUUAGUUAACAGAAUAAGAGAAUUAGGAGGGAAAGUCACUCUGGGAAUAUCUGGGGUUACAACAUAUUUAAUAGCAGGAGAAGAACCUGGCCCAGCUAAACUUAAAAAAGCAGUUGCCCAUGGGACAAAAAUACUAUCAGAAGAAGAUUUCAUAGAAAUGACCAGUCAUUAUAUAAUACUACCAAUAGAAGUAAAGAAGAGUAAACCAGAAGUGUACUCAAAGGAGAGAUGGUGUGAUAAGUAUAAGCCAGAGACAUCUUCAGAUAUUCUUGGUAAUAAACAGACUAUUACACAACUAAAAACCCAUUUAUUAUCUAUGUCUAGAGCACCCAUUCUACUCACGGGGAGUUCUGGGUGUGGUAAGACACUCUCAGCAUAUUUAAUAGCAAAAGAAUUAGGGAUAUCACUGAUUGAGUAUAAUGGGGCUGAUUAUAGGAACAAGCAAGAAGUAUCAAUAAUAAAAGGACUCUCAACACAGAAAUCACUUACACAUGGGAUACACUUACAUAAGAAUAAAGCACUCCUUAUGGAAGAGAUAGAGAAUAUGACAUCAAGUGACAGGGGCGGGUUACAGGAAAUACUGAAUUUAUUCAAGGAGACUAAAAUACCGAUUAUACUUACUACUAAUAAUAAGGGCAGCCAGAACCUUAAAACAAUUAUUUCUAAGUGUAAGGUUAUACCGUACAGUAAAAUAGACAGUAGAAGUAUUACUAACUUAUUAAAAACCAUAACAAUUAAAGAGGGAAUAUCUGUACCAGAGAAUACUUUAAUGCAAAUAUCAGUGACAGCAGGUGGUGAUGUAAGAUAUGCAAUAAAUAUGCUGCAGUACUUAAGCAAAAAGGAUCAGAUAUCAACUGAAGAUAUAAAAAUAAUGGGCAAGCAUAUUACAAGUAGUAAUUUAUUCGAUGUAACUAAAGAAAUCUUACAGUCUUAUAAUUCGCCUGCACAUAAAAUCAAUUUAUUCUUUGAAGAACCUUUAUUUGCACUUCUCAUGGUGUUUGAGAAUUAUUUAGGGGAGGAUACGUUAAAAUCAAUUGCAAAUACGGCAGAUACGCUUAGUACAGCAGAAAUAAUCAGUGGUAGAAUGAUUAACUCAGAUGAAAAAAGACUAUUCCCAGUGGCAGCGUAUUAUACUGCAGUUAAGCCCAGGAUUAAAAUAUCCAGUAAAUUAGCAUUUAGUAAAUACAUUGGCCAAAUAUCUGCACAGAGUGCAUCUAAGAAGAAAAUGGUUAGAAUAAUCAAUGAGUCUACAAAGAGAAGUUUUCGUGGUGGGUGGUCUGUCCUGUAUAACUGGCUUAGUACUAUGCUUAUGCUGGAGAGUAAGAAUACCCAUAAAGAAGAUAUUCUAGAAUAUAUUCAUGCAUUAAAUAUGGAUAAAACAGUUCUACAAGCACUCAGUGAAUUAACUAACAUAAAAAUCAAACCAAGCACACUUCCAUUAAUAAAGCCACAGAAGGAGUAGGACCAUUAAAUCUAUUUUUGUAUCCAUGGCGU